AUGCAUGUUGAGAACAGCUCGGCGGAGGUCGAAAACAAGAGCCAGGAGUCGCGUCCAGACGCACUUAUCGAUCCGCUCGAUCCUCUCGAUCCUCACGAUCCUCUAUCAUGGAGCACUUCACGGAAGCUCACUAUCCUCCUCGUUGUCGGCCUCUGGAUUUUGCUGGGGACGUCAAACAUGAUCAUCAUCGCGCCCGCCCUUCAAAUCAUCCCAGUGGAGUUUCAUUCUUCGUUUGACACUUCAACUUACCUUGUGGGCGGCCCUCUCUUGGCUUACGGCGUCUCUUCCUUCCUAUGGGUGCCCCUGGGUAACAGAUACGGUAUCAGACUCGUCUUUAUCCUCGGCUCCCUAGCGGCCGCCUGCAUGGAUUGUUGGGCAGCGCGCACAACAUCGUUCGGCAGUCUUGUCGCUGCUAGGACCCUGGCUUCAAUGUUCUAUGCGCCUCCAGAAACACUGGCACCUCAGCUGGUUGGCGAUGUCUUCCAUUUCAAGGACAGAGCGAAAGCUAUGACAUGGAUCGGCAUCUUGCAGGCCAGCGGGUUUUCUGGCGGGCCGCUGAUUGGAGCUUUUAUCAUUCAGAACCAGGCUCUCGGCUGGCGCUGGAUCGAAUGGAUUCUAGCCAUUAUCACGUUCGGUGCUGCAGUUUUGAUGAUAUUUCUACUGCCAGAAACUCAGUAUACACGAUGUAGAAGGGAAACAACUACGUUAACGAGGUCAUGGAAGGAUGAGUUGCGAUUUUGGCCUGUCAGUGGAGGAGGGCCACCGAAGGAGCAUAGGUCUGGUGGUAUUCAAAAGCCUGAAGUAAUGAGCUUGUUAGCUUACGCCUAUCAUAGCGUCGCCCAUGGACUCGCCACCAUACUUCCGUAUUUUGGACACCCAGUCAUCAUUCUCAACACGGCAUUCUUUUCUCUCACGCUGCUAGUCACUAGCUACACCCUGGUAUUUCUCCUCGCUUCAGGUGUGGCCCACAAACCUAACAGCAGACAGACUACUCAAUCCAUCACCUACCUAACGGUGUAUCCGUUCUCAGUCGGGAAUUCUGGCUUGACCUUCAUCGCGCCUUUGAUUGGCACCUGGCUGGCAAUGCUGUUCUGCGGCGUGCUGGCAGAUCGACUCUUCACCCGACUGACGCGGAAAGAAGGACGAAAGCCAAAGCCGGAGCGCCGUUUGCCACUUCUCAUAGUGACUGGAGUGGUCGGGAUUGGUGGUUCGCUUCUUUUUGGCAUUUGCACUCAGGAGAAAUGCCAUUGGGUUGCGCCUCUAUUUGGGUCGUGCUUCGUCAGCUUCUGCUUCAUUUCGUCCCUCAGCAUCUCCUUCGCCUAUCUCCUCGACGUGUACGAAGCAAAAAUGGAUACUGUCAUGGUCAUCGACAAUGGGAUGAAGAAUCUGGCAGCGUUCGGCAUCAGCUACGCCAUUGUGCCGUGGAAUACGAGUGCUGGCUAUACAGUUCCGUUUGCUGUGAUGGCCGUGAUUCUCCUCGUUGCGCAUCUGCUCAUGGCGUUGGUCUACUUCAAGGGCGAGCAAAUGAGAAAGUGGAGCGCUCAACAUUUCGAGUCGGCAAGGACGACGCAUCACGGGGAUGCGUUCUGA